UCUCACAGGGUGGCUCCACUUUCCAUUAGUGUUCAAAUACUUUGCUGCCUCCUCUGCAGCUGCCAGACCUGCUCCUGCUGCUGCUCAGGGAGAACAUCUGGUGUGUACCUUACUGACCACCGAGAAGAUGAUGAGUUCAAGCUAUUGGAACGAGAUGAACAGCAGCAGCUGUGGGAUUCAGCAACUCCCAGAGGUGCUGCAGUGCCAGCCUCAGCAUUACCACUGCUACCAUCAGUCAAGUCAAGCCCAGCAGCCUCCAGAAAAAAAUGUAGUGUAUGAGCGAGUGAGGACCUACAGUGGACCCAUGAAUAAGGUGGCUCAAGCCUUGGAUCCCAUCGGCUCCCGGGAAGUGCUCUCCCCUCUCAAAACUUCCUCAUCCUACCAAAAUUUGGUUUGGAGCGACCAUUCCCAGGAACUCCAUUCUCCAACUCUGAAAAUAUCUACUUGUACCCCAAGCACUCUACACAUGACCCCAGCUACUGAGCAGGAACUUCAUUCUCCAAUAGUAAAAGUCACUACAUAUCCACAGACCACUAUUAGGAGAUAUAUAGUACAAAAUCCUGAACAGGAACCACUGUCUCCAUUCCUAAGAGGAGGCCAUUUCUUCCCAGGAAACAAUGUUAUUUAUGAAAAAACAAUAAGAAAAGUGGAGAAGCUAAAUAUGGAUCAGGAAUUCUAUCCUCAGGUUCAGUGCCAUCAUCACAUUGUCCAACAGCCCCAGAUCAUCCACUCUCCUCAUUGUCAACAAUCCCAUUCUAGCCAGCAAAUCCAAACUAUCACAGGAGGUGACUCAACAUCUACAAGCAUUGGAAAUGACCUUUGCCAUGGUGAAUCAAGCCAUAUACAUGAACAGGUGAUAAUUCAGGAUGAUGGCCCUGAAAAAUUGGAUCCCAAAUAUUUUGGAGAGUUACUUGCUGAUCUAAACCGCAAAAAUGCAGAUCUCUAUCACUGCCUGUUAGAACAUUUGCAGAGAAUUGGAGGAAGCAAACAAGACUUUGAGUCCACAGAUGAGUCAGAAGACAUUGAAUCCUUGAUUCCCAAAGGAUUGUCAGAGUUUACAAAACAGCAAAUUCGCUAUAUUUUGCAGAUGAGGGGUAUGUCGGAUAAGUCACUCCGGCUAGUGCUGUCCACAUUCAGCAACAUUCGGGAGGAGCUUGGACAUCUUCAAAAUGACUUGACAUCGCUGGAAAAUGACAAGCUAAGACUUGAAAAAGACUUGGUUUUCAAAGAAACUCAAAUAAAAGAAUAUGAAGAUCUCUUGGCAUCAGUGAGAGCAAAUAACCGUCAGCAGCAGCAAGGACUUCAAGACUCAACUUCAAAAUGCCAAGCAUUGGAAGAAAGCAAUCUCUCUCUUCGACAUACACUAUCAGACAUAGAAUAUAGAUUAAAAGAGCUGGAAUACUGUAAACAUAAUUUAGAACAAGAGAAUAAAAAUCUUAGAAUUCAGGUUUCUGAGACAUGCACAGGCCCUAUGCUACAGGCUAAAAUGGAUGAGAUUGGCAACCAUUACAAGGAGAUGCUAAAAAACUUAAGAAUGGAGAAAGAUAGAGAGAUCUGUAAGCUAAGGACUCAAUUAAAUCAGUAUCAAAAAGAUGUUUCAAAAAGAGAAGGAAGUUGCAGUGAUUUCCAAUUCAAGAUUCAUGAACUGACAAGCUUGCUGGAAGAGAAGGAUUCCCUUAUAAAGCGUCAGUCAGAGGAACUCUCAAAGUUGAGACAAGAAAUAUAUUCAUCUCAUAACCAACUCUCCAGUGGUGGAAGGACUACAAUUACUACUAAAAAGUACAGGACACAAUAUCCAAUCCUAGGACUCCUGUAUGAUGACUAUGAAUAUAUACCACCAGGUAGUGACACACAGACAAUUGUGAUUGAGAAAACAGAAGACAAAUGGACCUGUCCAUGAAUGACUCUCAAAUUCAGAAGAAGUUUUUCGGGGGUCUGCAUCAGUACUUUAAUUUUUCCAUAACAAAAGGCCAAUCAAAAUUUUGAACCAUGGCACUACCCAGUGAAUCAAAUGGAAUGAAUUAGUCCUGAAGAUGAGUUUCUCCAACCAUUUAUGAGGCCUGAAUCUACAUUCUUGUAUUAAUAUAGCAAUAUAUCACUUAUUUAAACUUCCAUAGUAGUCAAUAUAGGACAUAAUUCACUACUUUUCAAUAGAAUGCUUCCUAGAUACUGAAUUAAUUUGUUGGGGCAGAGAUUUUACAAGUUAUUCUACUAGAAGAUCUUCUCUUAUAUUAGAUAUGCAAUUCAGCUACAAGGAUUGAUACUGUUUAUUACCAAAAAA